CGCUGCCGCCGCCGAGACCAAGAUGGCCGCUAGACUCGCCGCCUUCCUCAAGAAUGCUUGGGCCAACGAGCCAGUGCUGGUCGUGUCCUUCACCGUUGGGGGCCUCGCUAUAAUUAUGCCGGUGCUCAGCCCCUACACCAAGUACUCUAGCAUGAUCAACAAGGCCACGCCCUACAACUAUCCAGUGCCUGUCCGAGAUGAUGGGAACAUGCCUGAUGUGCCCAGCCAUCCCCAGGACCCCCAGGGCCCAAGCUUGGAGUGGCUGAAGAAACUGUGAGCAUCUUCAUCCACAGGGAAGAGGCUCCCCCUCCCUCAUGGCCCCCAAUAAAAAUGUGAAAACCAA